AAGUGUUUUUUAUUAAAAAAAAAAGAAAAACAAAAAUAGAAUCAAAAUGUUACCGGCUUUUCAACAACGCGGUUAUACUGAAAAGGUCUACGGACUCAUGCAACAACGUUUUGAGUGAAAAAUUAUACACGAUCAUCGUAUGUUUCGUUUAAUUUAUUUUUUUUGGACAAUUUUUUUUAUUUGUAUAAUUUUGAUAACAUUGCACAUUUAACAACAAGCUGUUAAUUUGGCACAAUUUAAUAGAACGAGUACUUAACAACUAAUUCACUUCGAUUGACAAUAACUGUCUUUUUCUACGCGAACGAAGGUUCACCACUUGUCUGAUGAUAUUGUUAUAGUGGUGACUGUCAUUCUAAUGAAGUUUGAUUGUUUUGGAGAGAAAACUACUACAAAAUUUUUAAUUGAUUCAAAAAUAUAAUAUUGCUGAUUGUUUCGUUGGUUGCAAGUGUACAAGUAUAUACAUUCAUGGGUUGGCUUAAGAUAUUGUGUCUGUUGUGUGUUUUCGGAUUUGUACGUGAAAUACGUCCUUCUGAACCUUUUAUAACAGAAUAUUUAGCUGGACCAUGGCGCAAUAUAACAGAAGACCAGCUGAAUCGUCAAGUCUAUCCUAUGGGUACUUAUUCAUAUUUAGCACAAUUGGUUGUGGUAUUCCUGAUAACAGAUUUUUUACUUUAUAAACCUUUGAUAAUAACAAUGGGUGUAAUGGGUAUUAUAAUAUGGAGUAUGUUACUAUGGACUACCUCACUGGAGGCUUUAAUGACUCUGGAAUUUUUCUAUGGUACUUAUAUGGCAGCUGAAGUAGCAUAUUACACUUAUAUUUAUGCUAAAGUCGAUAAAAAACAUUAUCCCAAAGUAACCUCACACACAAGGGCGGCCAUGUUUGCGGGCAAACUGGUGGCUAGUAUAUCGUCACAAUUAUUAUUAACUUUUAAUGUUAUGGACUAUCGUGAUCUUAAUUAUAUAACUUUAGCAACACAAAUUAUAGCAGCAUUAUGGGCAUUCGUUUUGCCCAAAGUAGAUAGAAGUUUAUAUUUUCAUCGUAAGCCUUAUGUAAGUGAAAAAUCCAACGAAAUCACCCCACCUUCGCAGUCUAUAGAAAAUUGUAAUGCCGACGAUGAGAAAUCGGAUAAAUUACUCUUGGCUUCACCAACAAAAUUGCUAUGGUCACACUUUAGUAAUGCUUAUACAAAUAUUAAAGUUUUACAAUGGUCCAUUUGGUAUGCAGUGGGUUUAUGUGGCUAUUUACAGGUGAUAUCAUAUGUACAGUUGCUGUGGAAGGAUAUAAAACCUAAUCCAGAUAUUGCUUGGAAUGGAGCUGUAGAUGCCAUAUUUACCGCCUUGGCGGCUUUGUUUGCCUUAGGUGCUGGUUAUAUACAUGGUGGUCGUUUAAAGUCUCGUGCUAGUCUGGUGGUAUUAGCUAUUCUAUCGGCCCUGGAAGGUGGAGCCAUAUUAUUAUGCUGCUGGACAGACAAUAUUUUUGUUUCUUAUGCUGGUUACAUUAUAUUUGGAGCAUUAUAUGCUUUUACUAUUACAGUAGCAGGUGCUGAGGUGGCCCGCUAUUUAGAAGAGGAUAGUUUUGGUUUAGUAUUUGGCAUUAAUACUACUGUCGCUUUGAUUUUCCAGACUAUCUUAACAUUGGUGGUGAUAUCUGAAUCUGGCUUUGCAUUAUCCCCUAAAGGCCAAUUUACAGUUUAUGCUUUUUAUUUUAUUGUCGUUGGUAUUUUAUAUUUUAUUUUCGUUUUAUUUGAAUAUUUUAUGUCAAAAAGAACGAAGAAAAGCAACAGUGAUCUUAGUAUAGAACAAGAAUAGAUAAAUUAUUAUUGUUAUUUUUGUGAUAAGUUAAUAAUGAUUAGUUAAUUGGUAAAGACAUCUUUUGUUUAAAACUUUGUAAAUAAAUGCUAAAAGAAAUAUUUUAGAAAAUAUUAAGAA